GGAUCUAAAGGAGUUUCUGGAAACUCAGGGCAGCCCGGACAAAAAGGUCCGACGGGACCUAAAGGUUUUCCAGGACCACAAGGUCCAUCUGGCCAGCCCGGUCAAAAGGGAGAUAUAGGGUCACAAGGUCCUCAAGGACAACAGGGUGCAACUGGAUCAGCUGGCGAUACUGGUUCGCCUGGUGAUGCAGGAAGUCCCGGAUCUCCAGGACAGCAGGGACCACAAGGUGCUGUAGGUUUACCUGGAAUUGCUGGACCAACUGGUCCGACUGGACAAGUCGGACAAGUUGGUUUGCCGGGUCUAUCGGGACAACCAGGCAAUCAGGGUGAUCAAGGUACACAGGGGCUUCCGGGCCAACCAGGUCAACCUGGAGCUCAAGGACUAAAAGGAGACGUUGGUUUUACUGGAGCCACAGGACCUGCUGGUCAGAAAGGUCCAGCUGGAAGUCAAGGACAACAAGGUUUGAAAGGAGAACCUGGAUUUCAAGGACUUCAAGGACAGCCUGGUCAACCAGGUUUGUUGAACAUUUUUAAUAAAAAUUUAAAAAAUCAAUUUCAUUGUAGUAGAAAACAAGCAAAACAAAUGAAUAUUUAUUUUUAUAUUUUUUGUAACAUACCAUUUAUUUUCCAAUAA